CCUUCUUGGUGAUCAACAGAUCAAUAGAUAGGCACAGCUGUUCGUCUCACUGCUCUGCUGUUGUUCUGGGUGCGCCCCCCGCUACCUACUUCUUCGUCAAUUCCACGUCCAAUUGCACCCACUCGUCGCACUCGCUACGGAAUUGCCGCGCCAGAGUUGCUGAAGGCGGCGGCUGGCGUCACACCAACCACCAACUCUCCUGGAUGGAGCAAAUGAGGAAGGCAUGGACACCAGUUUUAGUCGCUCUCCUCUCACCGAUGGCGGCUGGUGCCCUGUGUACUCAAUCUGCUCUCACCAUCGAAACAACCGCGUUUACCUUCUCGGGAUGUUACCAGGAGAGUCCGUACGCAGGGCUGUACGAGACGAAGGUUUGGACGAUCGAAGGGCGGGAUGUGGCUGAGUUUGGAACGAAAGCCAUAUUGGCAGAUCUGCAAAAUGGCCCACUCGUCGAUCCGGUUUGGGUUAUUGGUACGGUGACUGCUCUCCCCCAAAAUACUUGGUCUGAUGGCUACAACUCUGGGCUGGAAGUAGUCAACCUGGUGUGCACAGGGACGUCGACGUUCUGGGAAACGGAAGACCCGGCGCAGGAGAUACAAUGGACAUGUGACACUGAUGGCGAUGGAGUCACUUCAGUUCCCGAAAGCGGCGACUUAGCUGUCACCUGUGGGUGCGCCGGUAUGCCUACAACCAUCUCAACGCCAGCACCGAUGCCGCCAGCACCGACGCCAGCACCGACGACCCCAGAACCAACAAUUGGUGUCGUACCCCAAACUCCUGCUCCUGCUGCCGCUGACGGCUAUGUACCCACGCCGAAUCCAGCUGUAAUUAUUGCAGUGGAUCCAACGCCAGUUCCCAUCUCAGGAGGCGCAGAUUCGAACCAAGUGAGACCAGCUAACUGGUAA